AGAGAGAGAGAAAGGGGACACGUGAGCACGCGCGCGUGUGUGUGCGUGUGCGCGCGAGCUUUAUAUCGGUCGGCACCGCGCUCGCCGCAGAAAGUGAAAAAAAGGAGUCGGAGCGCGAGACGCGCGUCGGAGACCCACAUGGAGCCCCAUAGAAGUUAGUAGCGCGGUGUGUGCGGUAACGGAGCGCUCGAGCACGGCCGGUUAGGGACAGGAGGAAACCAAAUAUAGAAGAAGAGAUAGAAGGAAAAAAAAGCAUUCCACUGACUGUCGGGUGAAGAUGGACCCGCUGUUCGCGUACACCGACUCCCCGGAGAACUGGAGCGCGGAGCCGAGCAACGACACCGACGCGCAAUACUGGAACCAGUUCACGCAGCCCGCGUGGCGCAUCGCGCUCUGGGCGAUCGCCUACGGCGCCAUCGUGCUGGUGGCGGUGGUGGGCAACGUGACCGUCGUCUGGAUCAUCGUGGCGCACAAGCGAAUGCGCACCGUCACCAACUACUUCCUGGUGAACCUGGCGUUCGCCGAGGCGUCCAUGUCCGCCUUCAACACCGUGGUGAACUUCGUGUACGCGGUGCACAACGAGUGGUACUUCGGCCUCGGCUACUGCCGCUUCCACAACUUCUUCCCCAUCGCAGCUGUGUUCGCCAGCAUCUACUCCAUGACUGCCAUCGCCGUGGACAGGUACAUGGCCAUCAUCCACCCCCUGAAGCAGCGGCUCUCUUCGACGCAGACCAAAGUGAUCAUUGGCAUGAUCUGGGUGCUCGCUUUUCUGCUCACCUUUCCACAGUACUACUACUCCGAUGUGUACGAGCUGUCUGGCCGUAUCGUCUGUUACAUCAACUGGCCAGAAUACACCGUCAUGGACUUCAAGAAAAUUUACUUUGUAUGUGUGGCGAUUCUGAUCUACUUCCUGCCCCUGGUGGUAAUGGGUUGUGCAUAUCUGGUGGUGGGACUGAACCUGUGGGCCAGCGAGAUUCCUGGAGACUCCUCUGGCCGCUACCAGGAGCAACUCACCGCUAAACGCAAGGUGGUUAAGAUGAUGAUCGUGGUCGUGUGUACGUUCGCCGUCUGCUGGCUACCGUACCACGUGUACUUCCUCCUGCACGAGUUCUUCCCGUUGCUCUUCGAGAAGCCCUUCAUCCAGCAGGUCUACCUGGCCAUCAUGUGGCUCGCCAUGAGCUCCACCAUGUACAACCCCAUCAUCUACUGCUGCCUGAACGACAGAUUCCGUGCUGGCUUCAAGCAGGCGUUCCGUUGGUGCCCUUGCAUUCACGCUGACUCUUACGAAGGCCUGGAGCUCAAGUCCACGCGCUACCUGCAGACACAAACCAGCGUGUAUAAGUCGAGCCGGGCGGAGCCCACCGUGCCGGUCAUCAACAGUCCGUCUCUAGAGCUGGUGUCCAACGGCUCGUCAUCUCGAAGCAUGUCCAAGACGAUAUCGGAGACGUCCAGCUUCUACUGCGGAAAUAACCUACCGGCCUAGGAGCUUUUCGGAUCAGCAGAGGAACGCGAUGAGAAAAAAAAAACUGAAAAACAGUGGAUCCUUUUACCUCUCUGCAAAAAUCAUUUACGUAUAAUUUUCUGUAUAAUCGUCACACCAGACAGUUUCGAGAAGUCAUGCUGGGUGUGUACAACACACAAACAUGCCGGAGAGCUAUGAGUUUGAAAUGUUCCUUCAAGUUGUUUUAAUGAAUUUAUUCAUCUUUGUUUUGUCUGCUAGGAAACAGACUGAUUGAGAAUUAUAGGCUGGUACAUACAAAAUUUACAUUUCUUUUGGUGUUAGGGGUACUACCGAGCAACUGCCACUUAGGGGGCCACGAUCAAGCCCUUGGACAACUCCGUAUAUAUCAGACAAAUGUAAAUAUAUCUCUGUUUAAUAUCUGGGUAGUCCCAGAUAUCCUUGCUAGGGGUCGAUCUUGAUGUGUAUUAACCGGUCACUUUUGGAGAGAUUGACCUUUUGUCCCCACACCAAAAACUGAUGGGUGCAAUCAUCUGCAUAUAGCACUAAAAUCACACCGAUUUAUUGGAAAUGUUUUGUGUUUGUAUAAAGUGCCUCAUAACUACAUGCACAGUGUCUACAAUCGGGAAGAAGGUAGAUUUUUUUGGUUUUUUCUAUUCUAAGCCUUUAUUCUGGCCACCCUUCUAUGAAAGUUCAGCUUUAAAAUGACUGACCAAAUGAGUCCCUUCAUGGACGUGAGCAGAGCCCUUGAUGGAAUGAGGACGGUGUGAUUUAAGCUUUGCAGACAGAUGCGGUCUGGAGUACGGGAACUUGCUACUGCGUAUUACCGUUUACAUAAUACUAGCUUGUAACAUUGCAGAUCAUGUAUACAAUGCCUAAACACACACACACACACACACACACACACACACACACACACACAGCCUUUCCUAUCCUUAUAUAUGUCUGUGUGAAUGUUUCUUUUGUAACAGUGUUUCUGAAAGCAACAUGAAUCGCUGAACAAAUUGGUUGGUUUCUCAAAUUUUUAUAAAAAAGACAAUACACACCCAUGACCAGUGCUUUAAUUCUUAGGACCUUAGAGUGAAACGGCUUCUGGUAUGGUACGGCAUCAUGCUCGGCAUGAUGUGAGGUUGAAUCGGUGCCAGUCACUUUAAGGGUAGUUCAAAUAGCCUGGAAUAGAAUAUCUAAACUGCCUCUUGGCACGGACACACUGCAGAAUAAAAAAAUAAAUAUUCAGUGGCAUCUAAAUCAACGAUGACGCCGAGGGUUCCACUGCCAAAAUGUAAUCAAGGGUUCCUUAGGCUCAAAAAUGCUAUUAGCUGUGACCCCAUGUGGCUUUGGGCUUGCUCGAAUUGUGAAUUUGUCACUUCGCUCUGGGAAAAAUUGUAACCGGAACGGGUUGUUUGCUUCUAACUGCCUGCCUCCGAUUGUCUUUUUAAAUGCCGUCACCCUCCCCCUUCCUCUCCCUUUCUGACCGUUCGCCUGUUCUCUGCUUAAGCGGUCACGCACAAAAUUAUCUCUGGAGUCGGGCCCUGGAGUUUUAAUUUUAGCCUCCCAUCAGCACAUGGUGCACAAAUCUGACAGAUGAGGCGGAGGAGUGUAAGGGAUUUGGUGGCGGUGUUGUUGUGGGGUGGCAACGGAAAGGCAAAAAAAACUCGGCCGGGUUUGGAGGAGGGGUAGUGCACCUGUUGUUUGAGAUUUCAGAACAUGGUAUGUGACAGUGGUUUCAGAUUUCUAGGCAGGAGGACAACAUAGUGUGUGUUAAGGGCUCAUACUUUUCUGGCACGCUAGUGUUCAGACAGAUUUGAUGAGCGAUUGUGGAGAACUUGUAGAAGUUGGGAUAGGGGACUUCAGACAAUCUGGUCCUUCAAUGUAGGCUUGACUUGAGUCAGAGUUGGCAAGUAGACAGGAGAUGUUGUGUACAGAAACUUGAUCAGGAACUAGGAAGAAGGUGAAGCUCCUGAAAUGUUUUUUUUCAUAACUUCAAUUGUAUCAAUACCUCAAAUUCCAUAUUAUGCUUCGUGUUAGUUCGUAACUCUAAUUUAGUUCCAGAUGAUAACAUUACCAAAUGUGGACAAGUUCAAGGGACCUGAAUAAUCACGGAAAAUAUGUUCUGCAUAGUCGGGUUUUUACUGCAGGAGGAUAUUUAGCGCUUGCCAAAGUCGUUCAUGUGAGCUCGUUUGACGGUGUUAUUUUAAUGGACUUUUACAGAUUUGUCCUAGACCAGAUCCUAGACAGUCGGUGUGUCUGUAAACAACUUCUGUUGAGGGAUGCCAGAGCAGGAUUCACCGUUUCCCCCAUAAUCCCUCCCAUAGCCUGUUGAGAUCAAUUAGACAACAGCACAACUUCUGCAGACUCUCUUUUGUCCUGUAUGUUCUGUCCUUUUCCACACACUAAUCAACUCCCUGUAUCAUUUAUAGCUGAGAUAAUGUGGUGACAGCAAAUACCUUUGUUUUGGAGAGCGUCCAUGGCAUUAAAUACAUUAUAAGUGGAUGAAAUUAAUGUUGUCUAAUAAAACACUUUGGGAUGUCCUAUUAUAGGAGAUUGAUCACUUAUCUUACCUUGAGAAACUUUUCAAGCCACAAUAAAUCUCUCCAAGUGAUUCAUUUGAUAUAAUACUUCUUUAAGACUUUAUCACGUCAUGUCCUCAUCAAGAUAUCAACCUUUCAGUUACGUACCAUACAGGCUUUUAAAACACUAUAAGAUUUAGGUGAAGCUGAGGAUGUAGCAUAGCUCCUUAAUGCCUUUUCAUUUUGGACCUGAUCAUCUCUACCAAGAAGGCACAUAGAGUCUCUGCCAGUAUCCACUCUGCAGGACGUAAAAACCCUCAUUAUGCCUGAUAUGUCUCAACACAGCAGAGCCACAACACCUGCUGAGCAAAGCGGACGUGCUGUAAAAAGCCUCCACCAACCGAGAGCCGUGUGUUGCCUGUCCAUCAUCUAACCGACAUGCCGGCAUUCGUAGCUUCUGCACAAGUAAACUCUCUUAGGUUUAUACCAAUUGGGAGGGUAUUGAAAAAAAAAAGAGGCGUUCCAAUCAUCAAGAAACAAUUCCCAAAUGAUCAGCAGCCACACACUUGGCAAUUGAUUUGUUCGCAGAGCAAACUUCAUUAAACAAGUGCCACAAACUAGCGUGUAGAAAUGUCUCUCCUGGUACUUUUCCAUUUCCAAAUAUUCAGGCCACCUGCUGCAAUUGUGCCUCUCCAAAUUAGUCAGCCGUUCUCUGCGCCCUCGUGAGGACUGGCACGCAUUGUUCUUAGCUCAAGUGCGAAGAAAUAAUCACCAGCUUUGGUGGAAUAUAAUAAAACUCAAACCCCCUGCAGAUUUCAUGGCGCUCUGCUUGCCUUGUCGAAUCCUUCAGGAGAAAACGCAACCCAAAUCAUGUCGAUACGAACGCCAAACCGGCAUGAGGUUGUUUCCGGUGUCUAUGCCAUAAGGAGAAAGGUGGAUCUAUCGGUAUUCCAUGAAGAUCAGCGUUUCAAGUCACUGACCGUACUAGAGUCGUGAAAUCGAUGUCCUCGAAUAUGGCUAACGCUCAGCGUGGAUGAUAUUGAACGAAAGAAAAUAACAGCAGAGCCGUUAAAGCAGUUAAAGUCCCAGCUUACUCUAUGCCGCUUAGUUCCAGAGGAUUGCCAGAGCGGCAAUAAAAUAUCUAUUGAUUGCCAUGCCGAUGGCCCUGCUAUCUCGCCUCUUUGAAACCAUCCGUUUCUGAGGAUCGUUCUGCCGAUUUAAGAGCUUAUCCAAAAUUAUGUCCUGUAUACGGCUGAGUGCUUGAGGGUCAAGGGCCUUGCUCGAGGGCCCAGCAGUGACAGCUUGAAGAUGAUGCUAGGAUUUGAACUGAUGUGCCAAUGUAGUCUGUAUUCAGAUUCAAACCUACAUUUGCUUUGGAAAAUAUCAAUUCUGCAUGUUUUCUUUGGGAGAGUUUAAAAAGAAAGAUGCAUUAUACUCAGUACAGUGAAAUUUGCAGCAGUGAGGGUUAAGGGCCUUGCUCGGGGGGCCCAAGAGUGGCAGCUUGGUGAUUUCAAGGCUUGAAGGUUGAAGGUAGGGGGUUAACUCAUGGGACCUCAGUAACUCAAAAAAUUGCAUUUCUUUCUUUCACUUGUUUUUACAUUUAUUUUAGAAAGAGGCUUGUGGAAAAAAAUAUUACGCUCAUUCUCUCAGGCAAAUAUCCUUACGUGAUCGUGAUUAUUAGUAGUAAUUAUAAUUCGAUUAAAUUAAUGCUUUGGUUCCCAUUUCUAGCCGCUAUACUUUUCCAGAGGAGACCGUGUGCCUGGGAUUAAUUCAAUAAAGUAUUUCUCGGUAAAAAAAAAAAAAAAAACAGCUGUCGGCUACCAAACCGCCUCGCGUCCCUUUGGAACAGGCUAGUUUCGUACGCGAAAGCAGCGUGGUAAUCACCGAGACGUCCCGCUGUUUAAGCCUAGCCCCAAUUCAUGUAGUCUGGUGGGUUGUUUGUUUGUUUUUUUUUAUCUUUCUUGCUAGUCGCAAAAUUGCUUCGUGUGACAGCUAACAGUGUUUACCCAGGAAAAGACCCUUCUAGCUUCUGACAGGACUUUAAUGAAAUCUCAGCGCACACACAUUCACACACACAUACACACACACACACAGCCUAACCUAACCUUGCCAUUACAGACCAGAACCUCGCUGUUACCGAGAGGAAUGUUGGCUACUCACGGCAGCUCCUCGGCUGCUCUCAGAUGAGAUCUUAGACGCUUUAGAAGAUGAGAGGACGAGUUAGAGAGUGAAGUGCGAGCCAACUUUUUUCAGUUGAACUGAACUUGUGAAAAAGACACAAGCAUAUUACAGCUAUGGAAGCUUGCAGUGUGUGUGUGUGUGUGUGUGGUGACUCUACAAUAGGCUGGGUGGACGCUCUCAUCAACUCUAUCGCUCUCCAAUCAGAGUAAUUACCCACGAGAGAAGUGCACAAUGGACAGAACAACAGCUGUGCUAUCACACACUCACACACACUCACACACACACACUAGUGACAUCUCUAUCCUAAAAUAUGUUAUGCAGCCUCAUUUCAUGCUUCACUGUGUGUGAGAGAGAUUUCUUUUUCUUUUUUUUUUAUUAAGAUUAGACAAAUCACACAAUACCAACGAGUCGUCCUUUUGUUUCGAAGGUUCUGUCAUGUGAAAUGCUUGUGUGUGAAGUCCCAGGGGUGGAUCAGGCGUGCACCUGCGUGUGGGAUCAUACGUCAAGGAUGUGGGCAUUCGUGUGUCCUGCAGGAUGCUGGAGAAAUGCACUUGGUCUGAGAUUAGAUGAUACCCGAUUUCGCUGCUGUUCAGUGCUACAGCAGCAGCUCGUAGAGAUAUGAUCACCAACAAUUAAACCCAUGUGAUCCAUAGAUCCUGAUAUCAGGCAACAUAAUUACACUAUAGAGACAAACGUUGGCAGACACCCAACCAUAAGACUGUUAUAUCCUUCUUUAUGAACGAGUUACAGAUUUUGUCCCCGUUUGUGCCCAUUCAGCCACAAGGGUGUCAAGUCAGGUACAAUUCAUCCCAAAGGUAUUUAAAAGGGUUGAGGGUCAGUGCUCUGUCAAGCCACUCAAAAUCUUUCACACAUGUUUAUCCCGUGGAAAGGCACAUCUUCAUGGAGCUAAAGGGAGAAUGUCAUGACGUCCUAUAGAAGUUUGGUGGAAGAAUGGCUUGCAAAGAAACCUGCCCGUACGUUAUGCUAGCAAGUCGCAAUGUUCGUGCUAGCUAGCGACAGACUGCCGUUCGGUUUCUGUACUCGUCUCAGUGAGACUCGGGGUUUGAUAUCAGAUCCGUUAUAUAUGACCUAACCCGUAUAGAAACAUUUGAAAGGAGCUUGGAAGGUAAUGGAGAUGGUUGGUGCGUCUGUUGAGUAUAUGUAGCUGGUAAGUGCGAUGAUGAAAGCACGAAGCUGAACAAAUUAUGUAGCUUAAAUAACCAUAAUUAUUGUGUUCAUUCGUUUGUGUUUGACUGGUUAGCAUUAGUUACAACCAUUUCAUUAGUGGAAAGUGUAAAGAGCGACAUUGAGGAAAAACAAGACGCUAACACUUCUGAUUGCAAACCUUUUCACUUUUUGUAGUCAUUUGGAUAUUAAACCAAUGUAGCUGGUAAUAGAGACACUGCAGUCCAGUUUAUACAUAUUAGACUUGUAUACACACAUAUAUGUGGCAUACGAUACAAAAGCAGUGUGUCCUACAGAGAGUCCUUUAUGGCUUCAUUAUUGCAGAUUGUAAUCAUAUUCCAGAUGUAUUCUAGACAUGUCAGAGUUUUAUUAAUCAGCCGAGACAUUUGUAUAAUAUUGUAAUGUUAUUUUACGUCCUGCCGUAAUGCAGGAUUUCAUUAUUAAACUGAAUUGCACCAUU